AUGAUCGAAGAAGAAGUAACUCUUACUCACGAAAAAACCAGAACAGUUGGUACCGUCAGAAAACGACAAUUUCGAUUUUCUGCCAAAGAUGAUAUCACCUUGUUGACGCAAGUCUUAGCAUACAAUCCAUACUCUGUCAAUUACAAGGAAAUUGGCAAUACUUGGCAUGCUGUUGCCAAUGGCGUCCGUGAAAAUGGAUUGGAUAUCGAUGCUACCCGAUGUAAGCGCAGAACUGAUUUACUAUUAACCUACUAUAAAGAAGGUAAUACGGAACAUUUAAGAAAGAAUGCUAAUGAGGGUGAAUAUCAGGAGAAGGAAAAUCUUUUAAGUCAAUUAGCUGCUGCUAAAGUUGAGUCCGAAGAACCAACUGUUACGCCAAAAAGGAGCAAAAAGAGAAAGAACAACAACUCUGAAAGCGUGGCCACAUUGCCUUUACUUGAUGCUGGAUCUUUUACAGUACGCAAUACACAUGAUAUUAGUCACCUAGGUAAUAAGAAACAAUUGGUAGACCUAGGCAGUGUCGAUUGUGGCAGCUUGCUAGAAUUUUUGAAUAAGAAGAUAGAUGUUGAAGCAGAAUCGAGACGCGUCGAAAUGCAAAAUUUGAAAGAACGCUUAGAAUUUGACAGGGAACGAUGGAAUGUGGAACGAGAAGACAUUAGGAUGCUGGUUCAACAGAAUCAGCUGCUGCUACAACAUUUGAUCAACACCAUUAAAACAGGUCAAGAUGUAUAA